CUGGCCUCCGAGACAGCAGGGGGCGCUAAGUUCUUUUGACACUCUCCAAGUUCCACGUCCGCGACUGAAAAAGAUAAACACCGUUUUUUAAUUAAAAAACACGAAUUUUUCUCUCUUUCAGUUGAAGAUGGAGGUGCAGUCCCCGCCUCAUCAGGGAGCCGAGUUCUCCGUGGUGGACAUGCACACCGGCGGAGAGCCAUUGCGGAUCAUCAUCAGCGGUUAUCCUGAGGUCAAAGGUGACACCAUCCUCUCCAAGCGCCGCCACGCCCAGGAGCACCUGGACCACCUGCGGAGGGCGCUAAUGUUCGAGCCCCGGGGUCACGCCGACAUGUACGGGGCUCUGAUCGUGGACAGCGAGACGCCGGAGGCCGACCUGGCGGUGCUGUUCAUGCACAAUGAGGGCUACAGCACCAUGUGUGGGCACGCCGUCAUCGCUCUGGGCCGCUUCGCCGUGGACUACAAACUGGUGAAGGAACCACAAAUGCCCGAGACACAAGUGAACAUCCUGUGUCCCUGCGGCCUGGUCAAGGCUUUCGUCGAAUAUUCUGAUGGCAGAACUGGAAGAGUGAGAUUCCUGAGCGUGCCGGCGUUCGUCUUUGCAGAAGAUGUGACGGUGACCGUGGAGGGUUUUGGUGAGGUGACGGUUGACAUCAGCUACGGGGGAGCUUUCUACGCCUUCAUUGAUGCCCAGAGGUUUGGUCUGGACGUGACGAAGUCCAGGACUCGAGAUCUGGUGGACGCCGCCACAGCUGUGACCAAAGCUGUCAAAUCUCAGGUCAAGUUGUAUCAUCCAUGCAGUGAAGAUCUGGCCUUCCUCUACGGCACAAUCCUCACCGACGGCAAAGACGAGUUCUCCCCCGAGCCUACAGCCAACAUGUGCGUGUUUGCAGAAGCUCAGGUGGACAGAAGCCCCACCGGCUCCGGAGUUACAGCUCGGGUGGCUCUGCAGCAUCACAAAGGUCUCCUCCAGCUGAACCAGACCAGAACCUUUCAGAGCGGAGCCACCGGAUCCCAGUUCACAGGGAAAGCCGUCCAGGAGGCAGAGUGUGGAGACUUCAAGGGCGUGGUGGUGGAAGUCUCAGGCAGAGCUUUUUACACCGGAGUGUCGCGGUUUGUGCAGGAAACGGAGGACCAGCUGACCACGGGGUUUCUGCUGAAGUGACACUUUAAACCCCUCAAACAUGCACCAUCAGAAACUAGAAAGUGUGGAAGAAAUCUUUGAAAAAAAAUCAUUCUUGAUGCUUAAAGUUUAGAAUAGCACUUCAGUUUUUUGUAGAAUAUAUAAAACAGUUAGAAAAAUGUGUCAUCUGUGAAUUCAAAUAUGUAGUUGCAGUGAACACAUUUGUCCACUAGAUGGAGCCAUACAUUUACUUUCAAUGUGGAAAAUCAAAGUUUGCCAAUAAAAACAAAUGAAAAUUAAACACUUAAAAAAAUCAUAAUCAAUAUCUCCUGUUUAUUUUCAUCAGGUCAUUUUACAGUGGAAGGCAGUAUUUAAAUUAUAAAAGGGGGUGGAGUCUGAGGCCGUACAUCCACGGACAGUUUUGUUUGGAUGCAGCCAGCGCGCAGAAAACUGUUCCAGCACGUGAAAGCGGAGAACUCUUCAGAGGGAAAGGAGGCCGACGGGUUUCAGUACGUGAUUACUGUCGCUUAGUCAUGUGCCACAUGCACACUUCAUUUUGCCGCCACAAAGAAAAAUCAUGAGUUAAGGCCAGCUCUUAACAUGACAAAUAAAACAUUCAGGGAUCGUGUAUUUAUAUAUUUAUAUACUUUAGUUGACUGCGAGAGAGCAGCAGCGUCAGAGUUCAGGCGGGCAAAAGCGCUUCCUCUCAUCCUAUGAAACCAGUACAAAAAAAAAAAAAAAA